UGAUUACUGAUUAGCGAACCUCGGAGACCGGAUCACAUAAUCUUGUGUAAUAUUAUUGUAUAAUCACAAAACGUAUUUCGGGGCUAUAAUAAGUAUAAUAUCCAAAGACCUUAUACCGCAUUUUUGUUACUCACUUGGUCACUAUAUUAUGCCUUUAUUCGGACUACUCGGGAGUAAUUUUGUGUACUAAUGUCUAUGAUGAUUAUAUUAUGAGCAAUUUUUAUUAGUUAUUACUAUGCACUAAGAAAUAGUAAUAAUUAUUUUUUUAAGUCCGUGUCAAUUUAUAAUGUUGACAUGUUGUCGAUUAUGGUAAACCAUGGGAAUAAAGGAGUGGCCCAAGCCAUGAAGAAGAAAUUAUGGCUUAGAUCAUACAGCAUUUUUAAAAGUUAUAAUCUAAGGCCUACAGUGUGUAUAGCUGAUAUUUGUUCCAAAACGUAUUUGUUCCACUCUUGGUUAUAUCAUAAAAGAUAGAACGACAUAAUAAAUUAUUAUAUUAUUGUAUCUAUAAUGUUCUCGUUUCCAAAAAUCGUCUUACAAUUAUUAUUACUCGAUCCAAAAAAAUAUUUGUACCAAUAUCACUGUUCAUAUUCUAUUUUUAACGUUUAUGGAACAUAAGACCAUUGGAACAAAUGUUUCGUGGAACAAUAGGAUGCUACAUUACAAAAAUGUAAAACGCUUCGGCUACGUUUUGUCGAUUGUGAGAUAUAUCAAACAGGAGUUUAUCUUUUGAUAUCAUCGAUUUGUGUUUGUUUGAUAAUAAUAAAUAAUUCUUGUGCUACUACUAGCAAGCUACCUAACUACCUUCAUCGGUCUACUUCAUCAUCAGCGUUCAGCAGCUAUAGACUGAGUAAGCUGCCUAGGCAAGCCACAAACAUAACUUUAUAAUACAAAGUAUACAUGUUUUCGGAAAGUUAAACAAUGUUAUAAAUGUAUUAGUAUUACAUUAAAUCAAAUUAAAUUUGAACAUGGCAAUUUUGGAUAUGAUAUAAGUAAAAUUGGAGAAUUCAAUAAGUAACCGUUUUUGGAAUAACAAAAUAUAUUUUAACCUCGAUACUCAUUUCUAGUGUUUGUACUUUAUUAUGUGAAUUAUACAAAUAAUAACUAUAGUCAAAAUGAAUAGUCAAAAUUUUACAUUAGCUGAAAAUCUCAUACCUUCUUCAUAUGUCCAGCAAGCAGCUAGUGCUUUGAGAACAAGAGAGAACUUGGCUAAGACGCUGAUGGAACAAAGAAAAUGGCCAGAUAAUGGUUGGGACGAUGCAACAAUUGAAAUGUUUCUAUCAAAUUUAGCACUUAUGGACAGUAAUAAUUUUAAAGAACAUGCUGGUGUUGGUGAACGAGAAGGACGCAUAGCUUGCAAUUUAGUUGCAAAACGACAUUUUCUUAUGACUCAUGGUAUUGGCAGGUCAGAAAAUAUUGCUGAAGUUCAACCCAAUGCCACAGGAUCUAGUUUAAUGAUAAAAUUGGUCAAUGCUAUGCUCUUAGAGUCUAUUCGUUUUAUGGGAGUAGCAAGUGCGACUGGUUGUUUUAUGGUUCCGAUGGCUACUGGAAUGAGUUUGAUGUUAUGCAUGUUAACUUUAAAACAAGAUCGGCCUGGAGCCAAGUUUGUAUUAUGGUCCAGAAUAGAUCAAAAAUCAUGUUUCAAGUGCAUCAUUACUGCUGGUCUGCAACCAAUAAUCAUUGACCCCAUACAAUGUGGUGAUGAGUUACAUACAGAUGUAUCAGCAAUUGAAGCACAGUUAUCAACACUCGGGUCAGAUAAUAUAGUGUGUGUCCUUAGCACAACUAGUUGUUUUGCCCCAAGAGUAUCAGAUUCACUUGAAAAGGUUGCUUGUCUUUGUCAAAAAUAUAAUGUACCGCAUUUAGUCAAUAAUGCGUAUGGUUUACAAUCUACCAGACUGAUGCACUCAAUUCAAGAUGCUUCUAGAAAAGGGAGGAUUGAUGUUUUUGUUCAAAGCACUGAUAAAAACUUUUUAGUUCCUGUUGGUGGUGCUAUUAUUGCUGGAUUUGACAAAACUAUUUUAGAUAAAAUUACUAGAAAUUAUCCAGGAAGAGCAUCUUGUAGUCCUGUUAUGGAUAUCUUUAUAACAUUACUGUCUUUGGGAACUAAUGGUUAUAAAGAAUUGAUUACACAACGUAAAGAGGUACACCAGCAUUUACGGAAAGAACUUGGAAAGAUUGCAGCAAAAUAUGGUGAACGUUUAUUGGAUAUACAAAAUAAUCCUAUUUCUAUAGCUAUGACAUUGACAUCAUUAAGUGUUUCAAAUGGAACUGAAACUGAUACAAAAAAAUUUAGUCAGCUAAGCUCCAUGAUGUAUAUGCGCCAUGUUACAGGUUGUAGAGUUAUAUCAUCAGUUGAAGUCAAAGAUGUCUGUGGUUAUAAAUUUGAUGGUUGGGGGGCACAUAAAUCCAACUACCCUUGUCCAUAUAUUACUGCUGGUGCCUCAAUAGGUGUUAAAAAGUCUGACGUUGAUUUGUUUAUACAAAAAUUGGAUAAAGUUAUUGCUAGAUUAAGAAAAACGCCUCCAUCCAAUCUGGAAACUCCAUCAUCAUCUGAAGGUAAUGAUAAUGCAUCAAUGCGACGAACAGCAACAGUUGCGUCUAGCUAUCGAAGCACAGUAAAUGGAGUUUACUCUACAGGAGAUGGCAGUACAUCAACUUCACGCACGUCUAGUGUUGAUAAUUUACGUAAACAUUGAUAGUUAUGUUUACAUCCUAGACAUUAUUCCAACUACAUAUUAUAUAUGUUAAUGUUCUAUUUUAGUCAAUUUUUGCUUGUAGAGCAGAAAAGGGAUCUCUGGAGCAGUUAUAUUUUAAAAUAUUCAAUAUUGAAUCCUUAACUCUUAGUAGUUGGUUAUUUUAUACGGUUAAAAUUAUACUAUUAGAUGAUGCCUUUCACCAUGACGUGUUGGGCUUUUUAGUAAAUAUUGUAUCAAAUUAUGUUCAGAUGCCUAUAGACUGAAUGACUCAAUAAUUCUAUUCAUUUAUAAUGAAAAGGAAAGCUUAAGUUUUAAAUGUAAUUAAGAUAUUAUUUUUAAAAAAACUAAAAAAUCUAGUCAUAGUAAAAUGGGUAAAAAAUUAAUGUUCCUCAUAAAUUGUGUGAGCUAGGAGAAAUUUUUUCCCUUAAAUGAGUAUUAUGAUUUCUUAUAAAUCUGGAUGAUUAGUUAUUUGUACACAUAACUAUUCAAUAAAAAUGUAUCAUCUUAAAAAUACCUUAUAAUAUAAUAUCAUUGAAUAUUUAUUAUUAUCAUAGAUAAAUUAUGUUUAUUUGGUAUGGGAUAAAUACAUAUUGAAUUAAUAUUCAAAAAGAUAUUUAUACUUGUUCUACUUAAGUACAUUUUUUCUCAAAUUGUAUUUUAUAUAAAAUUUGACUAAGAAGUAUUUUUAUUUUUAAGAUCAAUUAUUUUCAUUCACAUAAUAAACUGAAAGAUAAUACUAAAAUCUAAUAGGUGCUAGUUGUUGUUUUAAUUAAAUUUUGUUUUUUUACUCAUAUAAACACUAAGGCACAGUAAAUUAAAAAUUUAAAUAUAUUUACUACAUACAACAGAAAUAGAUUUUUGUAUUUUUUAGAUUGAAUUAUCUUUGUAUAAUUUAAAUUGAGGUACUAUGGUUAUUAAAAUUAAGUGCAAUAAAACACUAUUCAGAGUAAUAAUGAUUUUAACUUUGAAGCUUAACUUAAUUAGUCAUUGUACUCUUGAAUAAAUUUAUUCCAGAAAUCCCUUAAAAGUAAUAAUACACUACUUGAGUAUUUUGAAGAGCAAAAUUUAUAGUCCAUUUAUACAGUAAUGUCAAUGUGUUGUACAAAAAAAUUAAACAUUAAUAUUUAAUAUAAAUUAAAGGUGCUUUUAUGUUUUUUAGUGUAAUAAGAACAAUUUUAGGCAAGUUCCCUUUUUUAAAUUUUUGUUAAUCACAUUGCUCAAUAUUACUAGUUAUACAUAUUCUAGUCUGAUGCUUUAUUUCUGAUAAUGUUUUAAUAUUUCAGCUAACAUUUGAGUUUGGCGAGUACUUAUUGAUAUAAUUAAGGUUGUAAAAUAUCUAUUACCUAUUUAUUUUACUUAGAUUUAAUGUAGUUAGUUAAAUAUUGAGGUACAAAAUGGAUUAGUAAUAUUAAUUAUAAUUUAAUAUAAAAGGAAUUAACGCCUUGAAUAAUGCUAUAUUAAUACUUAAUUAUUAUUAUUUCCAUAAUAGUUGUAUUGGAAACUUAUAAGUUAUUUACUAUCAAUAUUAUUUUUUAAAUGUUGUUCUCAAUUGCAUUGAUUAGGUUAUUCAUCUUCUAAUCAUUAUCUGGUUUUUUUAUUAUGAUUUUGAAUAGGUAAUUAAAACCUUAAUAAUAACUGAAUUAAAAAAGACUUCUAAAUACUCUGCUUUUAAAGGAUAUUGACGAUAUUGUUUUAUAUUAAGUGUCUGACAUCUUGUAAUAAAUUAAUUGAUUUUAUUUAAUAUACUUAGUGAAUUGAUAAAAACUUAAAAUGUAAAUCUUAACAUUUUAUUUCCUAAACUUAUAAUUUUUACAUUAUUUUGUAUUAUGAUGUAUUACUGAGUUUAUAGCAAAUUGUAAUAAACAUUUAAUAAGACAUGUUUAUAAUAAAAUAUUUUAAUGUUGUUAUGUUAGGUAAAAUAAGUUGUGAAAAUAUAUGAUAAACACAAAAGACUGUAAUAAUAAUAUUCUAUAUUUGAACUAUUUGGAAAUCCUAAUUACCAUAAAAUAAGUAAGUUAUUUUUAUUUUUAGUGGUAUUUUAUUUAGAUCAGACAUUUUCUCAAAUUGGUUUUAUUAUUUUACCUAAGUUGUUUUACUACUUAUUAUUUAUUUAUUUUUAAUUCAUCUACCAUUGUAUUAUUUUGAUAAAACUUAUUAUAUUAUUAUUAUUCUCAAUGUAUAAGUAAAUAGUACAUUUGAUGUGAAAUUUGUAGACAAAGAAAUAUUGAAAAAAAAAAAAGUUGAUUUAUCAAAAAAAAAAAUCAAUUCAAUUCUCACAAAAACUAUAUAAUUUAUUUAUGAGUCAGGUUAAUUUUCUUCCAGUUUCUUAUAAUUGUUGUUUUUAAUUAAUUAAUUUUGAACCUAGGUUCUUCAGAUAUAUAUAUAUUUUUUUUUUGUUUAUAAAUAACAAGUAAAAUCAUAAGAAUAUUUAUUUUAUAUUAUUUGUUUCAUAUAGAUUACAAUCCAUGUACAGGCCAUAUUUUUAUUAAAUAGUGAGAAAUAGUAAAAUCGUAGUCUCUGAAUAUUUACCUUGUAUACUAUUUAUCAUUCCUAUGCAUACUUAUUACUUAUCAACUAACCAGAAUAAUUUUUUAUAAUGUAAUAUACUUGUAUUUAUUUAU